CACGAAUCAGGGCGAUGGUUCAAAGAUCUCGCGCUAUGCAUCUGCAAUAAAUUAAUUUCAAAGUGAAUUUCAUUCGAGUCAUUUACUAAAAACGAAAAUCGUGGACGGUUCUUUGCCAAGGGCUGCGGAACGGUAGUGAUAGAGCGUCACUGAAAAAGGGAAGCGAUAGAGAACCGUGCCGGCCAAGAUCAAUUUGGCAGAAGUAACGGGAGACCGAGUCCUGACGAAGUGGCAGAGGAGGAGUUUCUACAUAUAGCGGUGGAGCCCAGUCGCGAAACGAUUCAGUCUCGUCCAAGCCACGCGACAUUCGAACAGGUACCGAAUCGCGCAAGUUCUAUCCAAGUGUAUCUUCGUCACCCCUCAAGUGAUCCGAACGAUAUAAGUGGCAGGAAGUAUCGAGUGCAGCCGCUUUGUGAUUAAAACGUUCCUUACUCUCGUUGUCAAAGAUAGAGCAUCGAUCAUGGAACAGGGCGGGAUUUCGAUAAUACCGUCGAGCGGAAUGGUCGACAGUACAUUGGAAAAAUCGAAGAGCAUCGGGAUCACGGUGAGGACGAGCACCGGGUUUCAAGCUGCGAAGGAGAAGCUGAAAACCCCUUGGCUGACCAAUUUGAUGCGGGAGGAUGCCUCCGGCUGGGAGACGCUGACCAUCGCCAUCGCCGAGGUGAUCGGCACCGGGAUCUUGGUGUUUCUAGGAUGCGGUGGGUGCAUCGCGAGCCUGGGCAUCGAGCCGCAGACGUUGCAGAUCGCUAUGACCUUCGGUUUGGCCGUCAUGAUCGCUAUACAGAGUGUUGGGCACAUCAGCGGCGCUCACAUAAAUCCCUCUAUAACGACGGCUGCUCUUAUCCUAGGAAAGCUGUCUCUACCGAUGACGAUCCUUUAUAUCGGUUCUCAGUGCGUGGGCUCCAUGCUGGGCUUCGCUAUCAUAAAAAUGAUGACUCCGUCGGAACUCAUGUGGUCUAAGGCCGGGCAAACGGAGUCGUUUUGCGUGACUGUUGUCUCGGACAAAGUAGCUCUGCUGAACGGCGUGCUGGCCGAAAUAGUGGCCACGGGAAUUCUGGUGUUCUUCGCUUGCGGUUUAUGGGACUGUCGCAACGCGAAGAACACUGACUCGGUACCGAUCAGAUUCGGCUUCUGCAUCGUCGCUCUGUGCCUGGUGUUCAUCCCGUACUCGGGAUGUAGCUUAAAUCCCGCUAGGUCAUUCGGCCCGGCUCUGUGGACCGGCAACUGGAAACACCACUGGGUCUACUGGGUCGGGCCUCUCACCGGCGCGAUCAUCUCUUCGCUUCUCUACCGAUGCUUGUUCAAUGCGAAACCCGAGGAUUGCGAAAAUUAGAAAUCUGAGCCUGAAAGAUGAUGAUGAGAGCAGAAUUGCAUUCCGAUCGUCCACGGUUCACAAUUAUUCCAUCGAGAGAUCCCGAUCGUGUCCCGGAAGAACGACGCAGGGCCCGGUGAAGCGAGAGCUAUAGGCUUCGCGGGAUGUAAUGCGCGGAGAGCUUUUCGGUUGCUAGACCGUUGCCAAAAACGAAUUUCCUUUUUUAUUCAUAUUCACGACCGAGCGAGUCGCGGAAUUCCGAGUUCCCAGGUAAUUUUGAAGGAAAUGGCUCCUCGAGGAAGGCGAGAAGAACAGUAUUUUGUUUCUUUGAGAAACUGUUUUAAUAUCAUUUUUUAUUGAUCUCGGGAUCGAAUGAGAGCGAAGGCUGGUUCGAAUCCGUAUUGUGAGGCGCAAAUAAAUUUGAUACGUUUUACGCUAUAAA